CGGGCCUGCUACACAUACAAGUAUCCAAGCUUCCAAGUUGGCCCAGCCCAAAUCGAAGACACGCGCAUAAGGAAGCAUAACAUGGCGCGUCAAAAUCACGCGCUCAACACAAACGGUUCGUAUGGCAGACUCUUCCACUUCCUCCACUUCUUCCACUUCUCAAAACGCUUCGAAACCAAGGAAACGCUCCCAUUUUCGAGCAAAAAUCAAAGUUCAAAAUAUCCAAAUCGUUGUUCGAAACCUCCAUCAAAACAACAUCAAACUCUCCGUGAAGAAUCUGAAGAGAAAACGAAGCAAAUACACUCAACACAAAAUGGCAGCAAGAAACCAAACAAAGGAUCUUAAGUGUGCCACACAUCUCCUGAGUGAUAAGUUCAGAAACAUGGCUGAGGAGAAGAAGGCAAUUGUCAGGGAUCUCGGAUUUGGUGGGUUGAUGCACGUCCCACCUCUAAGGGUGGAUCACCAACUCUUAAGGGAACUGGCAAACAACUUCAAACUUGGGGAGAACAGACUGAAGACAGGAUAUGGUUCUUUCCAAAUAACACCAAAGACAAUAGGUGAUGCGCUUGGCAUCAAUGCAACAGGUAACUAGCUCAAAAUUAUAGGUGUAUAUUAAGUUCAUGCUUGGGUGUAUUUAAGGUUGAUGC